GUUAAGGGGGUCUUCACCAGCGAUGCGGACCGCCGACUGGACUCUCCCCAGCAGCUUUGAUGCCGUCCCCCUCCACUCCUCGACCUCCUCCUCCUCCUCCACAUCCACACACCCACCAGCUUGCCCACCCUCUCCCUGCCUUCCUACCUCGCGCAUACACACUUACACUCAAUCAUGAAUGCACAGGGAUUGCAGCAGCAGCAGCAUCAGCAGCACCGCGAGAUGGAGAUCUCCGCUGUGAGUGUCUGUACCCGCUGUCACUGCACUGGAUGCCUCUCUCGGUGGACACAAGCGCGGCGCCCGACGAACGCACGGAUGGACACUUGGUACCUGGGAGAGAGGCGCUCGCUUGUCCUUUGCACCUCUGAUCUGUGUCUCAAGGAAAUAUGGUGAGUAAAGAGGACAGCAAAUGCAUUGUUGCGUCAGACUCCGAUGACUCAGAUUCAGACAACAGCCUCGUCCACAACCUUGAUGGACAGCAGGUGAAAAAGAAAAACAAGGCCUUGCAGGUGCGUUUUAAGGAUAUCUGCGAAGCACAGAAUGAAUACAGAGGAAAACACACCAGAUCCAUUUCCUGUAAAGUGACCCAUCGACAGUAUAUGACCAUGCCUGCCAGACGAUCCAUCCCAAAUGUCACCAAGAGUACGGGUGUGCAGACAUCUCCGGACCUGACAAAACGAUACAAGACUUUUCCCUUUGAGAGGAAAAAGGGACACACAUUUAAACACGCUGCGCUAGUGGAAGAUUACAAAGGACAAAACAAUGGCUUUUUGAGCGAUAUAAAAGCGGUUGGAGAGGACGGGCAACCCAUCGGAGUGUCUUCAAAAUGCAAGGGUAAGAUUGUGGGACAGACUAAAGCUUUACUCCAUCAUACCGACGACAGCAGCGAUACAGAGGAUUUGAUUUGCGACGCCAACUGUGUCGACGGACCCUCCUGUACAGACUCGCAUUUCUCACAAGAGUCUCGUCUGAGCAACCCUUCGACCAAAAGUGAAGCUGAGCAUCAGGAUUGUGGGACAAGGACCAAACACAAAGGAUUACCCCGAGAAGAAAUGGCUGCUGGCGUUUCCACCAUGCGUCCGAUGUCUGCCUCUGAGUUUGGGCAGGAGCGCUCAAAGGGCCCAGUGGCAUGGAAUUCUUUGACCCAAGUGGAGUCUUUAGGAAGCCCAGUGAAGGCUUGUAAGAGGAAAAAGGGAGCGCAGUUAAGCGAUCAGCAGUCACAGACACUUCCCCACAGUGCCAAAUGUUCAGCUCAGUCGCAAGGAUCGGGUCGGACGAGGCAUGCGUCGGCAUCCUCCAAAUUGCAGCGUGGGCCAGGCACGGCUGAGGGCUUUCACCAAGGGAAUACCAGCGCUUCGGCCGUGGGCGGCGGUCAGCAGAUAAUUCCCUUAUCUGAUGACAAGGAUAUUAAAGCACAGCUGCAGGCCAUGGAGACGCUCAUCAACUCCAGCCAGGAGACCAUCAAGGUUCUGCUUGGAGUAAUUCAGGAGUUGGAGAAAGGUGAAGCACAACGAGAGGGGCUCACCUACCGAACAGGGCAAGACACGGCGAACUGUGACACUUGUCGAAACAGCGCAUGCAUCAUUUACAGCGUGGAGCUGGACUUCAAAUUGCAGGAGGACAAGCUGCAGCCCCUGAUGAAGAGACUUUGCCCCCAGGACAGCCAACAAUGUCCUGCCCUGCCUUACUCCAACGAAGUGUUCACAUCCACACCCAAACGUAAAUCCAAAUCGGACUCGAAGAAGCACGCCCGCUGGAAACUGUGGUUUCUUUGAACAGAACAUGAAUGCUUUGGAAAAGGCCUUUUAUCGGGUGCACUAAUACCCCGUGCUCGUCUCAAAAUGGAUGAAAGAAUAUUCCAGAGGAGGAAUCAAGCCAAGACGAUGGAUAACAGUACGGUUGAGAAGCGUUCAUUUUUGGGGUUCUGAGCAGAGACUGCACGUCAAGUCAGCAGGGAGAAAACACAACAAAAAAAUAAAUAUAUAUUUCAAACUCUGCCAAAUCUUUUUCUGGCAUGUUAGCUGAAGAGGAUGGAUAAACACCUGAAAAUCUAGCAUAUUGCUUGGCAACAAGAAGGUUCCCAUGAAGGGCCUUCUAUUGGUGAAGGUGUAUUCUUUGAAUGGACACCACCUCCAGCAAAGCACAACAAUUGACUAUUUACGAGGAAUAUGUGUCAAGGACUGAAGUACAUACUUCCUGCUCGGCCGAGGGCUCCCCUGCCUCUUUUAUUCAUCCAUCUGCCCUGUACCUUCUUUCAAUUCAGCGCUCUGUGCAAAUAACGAACCAACAUCGCCUUACUUUGCCCCUUAAUGGAUGAUACAUGGAGUUCAGAAUGUAUCUAUAUUUUGCGCACCGGCUGUGUUUACUGCCUCGUAAAGUAUCUUCUGCAGGCUUAGACUGAGAGGCUACAUGAUGGAGAAAGGUGCUUGAAUUUUCUAGUUUUAUGGCCCAGAUGAAGGUAUUAAGUUUUGGUUAUCAAGAAAAAUCGCACAUGUACGACUAAACCAGCUGUAAAAACAACCUGCAGAAAAUACACCGAGUAAAUACAGCCACUGCCCACACUUUAUAUUGUAAUCUAAUAUUUAUAGCAAAGAUGAUGAGAUUUUAGCAGGAAAAAAAGGCAUGAGUGAGUCUCUCCUUAAUUUUUUAAAAUGGUAUUUUCUGGAUGAGCUCACAUUUUUAACAACACAUGCAUACAUAUUUGUAUUUUUAGGAUGAUGUGAUACCUUGGAUGUCCCAGUGGAAAG